GCAGGUUCGGCUGCGCCGCGGCCGCGCGUCGGAGGUAAAUAUUAAGGCGGUGGGUGUGGGGCGCUGGGGCCGGACCGGGACGCGGGCUAGCGACCCCGGGAAGGGGCGACGCCCGGCCGCCGAGUUUCCCCCUUUCCAGGGUGAGGAUGGUUUCCUACGACCCGGAGUUCUUUAGUUGAAAGGUGCGCUCGCUCUGUCGAAACAAGGCAUUUUGCUUUGCUGUCUUUUUACAGCAUGGACACCAAAUUGCUAAAAACGUGCUUUGGGACUGCCAGUGAAUUUAUCUUUUGCGGUUUUACUACAAACUUAGUAGUUUCCUUUUUUUUGAGUUAAUAUUUUGGAGUUAAUGUCACAAUGAGUUCAGGCUUAUGGAGCCAAGAAAAAGUUACUUCACCCUACUGGGAAGAGCGGAUUUUUUAUUUGCUUCUUCAAGAAUGCAGUGUUACAGACAAACAAACACAAAAGCUCCUUAAAGUACCAAAGGGGAGUAUAGGACAGUAUAUCCAAGAUCGUUCUGUGGGUCACUCGAGGAUUCCUUCUGCAAAAGGCAAGAAAAAUCAGAUUGGAUUAAAAAUUUUAGAGCAACCACAUGCAGUUCUCUUUGUUGAUGAAAAGGAUGUUGUAGAAAUAAAUGAAAAAUUCACAGAAUUGCUUUUGGCAAUUACCAAUUGUGAAGAGAGGUUCAGCCUGUUUAAGAACAAAAACAGACUAAGUAAAGGCCUCCAGAUAGAUGUGGGCUGCCCUGUGAAAGUACAGCUGAGAUCUGGGGAAGAAAAAUUUCCAGGAGUUGUGCGCUUCAGAGGACCCUUAUUAGCAGAGAGGACAGUGUCGGGAAUAUUCUUUGGAGUAGAAUUACUGGAAGAAGGUCGCGGCCAAGGUUUCACUGAUGGGAUAUAUCAAGGGAAACAACUUUUUCAGUGCGAUGAAGACUGUGGAGUAUUUGUUGCGUUGGACAAGCUAGAAAUCCUAGAAGAUGAUGACAAUGGAUUGGAAAGUGAUUAUGCAGGUCCAGGGGACACAAUGCAGAUGGAACUUCCCCCUCUGGAAAUAAACUCCAGAGUUUCUUUGAAGCUUGGAGAAACUAUAGAGUCUGGCACAGUCAUAUUCUGUGAUGUCUUGCCAGGAAAAGAAAGCUUAGGAUAUUUUGUUGGUGUGGACAUGGAUAAUCCUAUUGGCAAUUGGGAUGGCAGAUUUGAUGGAGUGCAGCUGUGUAGUUUUGCAAGUGUUGAAAGUACAACUUUGCACAUCAAUGAUAUCAUCCCAGCUUUAUCAGAUAGCGUGACACAGGAAAGGAGGCCUCCCAAACUUGCCUUUAUGUCAAGAGGUGUUGGGGACAAAGGUUCCUCCAGUCAUAAUAAACCAAAGGCCACAGGAUCUACCUCAGACCCUGGAAAUAGAAACAGAUCUGAAUUAUUUUAUACUUUAAAUGGAUCUUCUGUUGACUCACAACCACAAUCCAAAUCAAAAAACACAUGGUACAUUGAUGAAGUUGCUGAAGACCCUGCAAAAUCGCUUACAGAGAUAUCUCCAGACUUUGGACACGCUUCACCACCACUGCAACCUCCUUCUAUGAACUCAUUAUCCACCGAAAACAGAUUUCACUCUUUACCGUUCAGUUUGACAAAGAUGCCCAAUACCAAUGGAAGUAUUGGCCACAGUCCACUCUCUCUGUCAGUUCAGUCCGUGAUGGGAGAGCUAAACAAUGCACCUGUCCAGGAGAGUCCCCCCUUGGCCAUGACUUCUGGGAACUCACAUGGUCUGGAAGUGGGCUCUCUGGCUGAAGUUAAAGAGAAUCCCCCUUUCUAUGGGGUAAUCCGUUGGAUUGGUCAGCCACCAGGACUCAAUGAAGUGCUAGCUGGACUGGAACUGGAAGAUGAGUGUGCAGGCUGUACAGAUGGAACCUUCAGGGGCACCCGGUACUUCACCUGUGCCCUGAAGAAGGCACUGUUUGUUAAACUGAAGAGCUGCAGGCCAGACUCCAGGUUUGCGUCUCUGCAGCCGGUUUCCAAUCAGAUCGAGCGCUGCAACUCUCUAGCAUUUGGCGGCUACUUGAGUGAAGUAGUGGAAGAAAAUACCCCACCCAAAAUGGAAAAAGAAGGUUUAGAGAUAAUGAUUGGAAAGAAGAAGGGUAUCCAGGGGCAUUACAAUUCUUGUUACUUAGACUCAACCUUAUUCUGCUUGUUUGCUUUUAGUUCUGUUCUGGACACUGUGUUACUUAGACCUAAAGAAAAGAAUGAUGUAGGAUAUUAUAGUGAAACUCAGGAGCUACUGAGGACAGAAAUUGUUAAUCCUCUGCGAAUAUAUGGAUAUGUGUGUGCAACAAAGAUUAUGAAACUGAGGAAAAUACUUGAAAAAGUUGAGGCUGCAUCAGGAUUUACCUCUGAAGAAAAAGAUCCUGAAGAAUUCUUGAAUAUCCUAUUUCAUCAAAUUUUAAGGGUAGAACCAUUGUUGAAAAUAAGAUCAGCAGGUCAAAAAGUACAAGAUUGUUACUUCUAUCAAAUUUUUAUGGAAAAAAAUGAGAAAGUUGGAGUUCCUACAAUUCAGCAGUUAUUAGAAUGGUCUUUUAUCAACAGUAACCUGAAAUUUGCAGAGGCACCAUCGUGCCUGAUUAUUCAGAUGCCUCGAUUUGGAAAAGACUUUAAACUGUUUAAAAAAAUUUUUCCUUCUUUGGAGUUAAAUAUAACAGAUUUACUUGAAGACACCCCCAGGCAGUGCCGGAUAUGCGGGGGGCUUGCCAUGUAUGAAUGUAGAGAAUGUUAUGAUGACCCUGACAUCUCCGCUGGAAACAUCAAGCAGUUUUGUAAAACCUGCAACACUCAAGUCCACCUUCAUCCCAAGAGACUGAACCAUAAAUAUAACCCGGUGUCACUUCCCAAAGAUUUACCUGACUGGGACUGGAGGCAUGGCUGCAUCCCCUGCCAGAAGAUGGAAUUAUUUGCUGUUCUCUGCAUAGAAACAAGCCACUAUGUUGCUUUUGUGAAGUAUGGGAAGGACGACUCUGCCUGGCUCUUCUUUGACAGCAUGGCUGAUCGGGAUGGCGGCCAAAAUGGCUUCAACAUUCCUCAAGUUACCCCAUGCCCAGAAGUAGGAGAGUACUUGAAAAUGUCUCCAGAGGACCUGCAUUCCUUGGACUCCAGAAGAAUCCAAGGCUGCGCACGAAGACUUCUUUGUGAUGCCUACAUGUGCAUGUACCAGAGUCCGACAAUGAGUUUGUACAAAUAAACGGGGUCAUCUGGGCAGGGGCAGCAACCGAUGGCAAGAUCUUAAUGUUGCAUUUUACCCGAGCUGGCAGUUUUGUUCAGCGUCCAUUGCUGGCAAUGGAUGUCUUUGUGGUGGUGAUCCUUCUGAAAAGGAUUCCUAUGUUUAAAAAACAAAUUGCUUUUGUGUUCCUGAAGUAUUUAAUAAGAAGCAUUUUGCACUCUAGAAAGUAUGUUUGUGUUGGUUUUUUAAGAAGUCUAAAUGAAGUUAUUAAUACCUGAAGCUUUAAGUUAAGUGCAUUGAUCAUAUGAUAUUUUUGGAAGCAUAAAAUUUUAAUUGUGACAGUUUAAAACCUCUUCUAGUCCAUUGAGAAUGUAAAUAAAUGUGUCUUCUUUAUGGACCAAGGAUAUGAAAUCAUUUCUCCUUUUAGCUAAUGGUUGCCUUGAGGAAGAAAUAUGUUGGUUUUAUUAAGAGUCUACUUUUAAUCCAGUUAUGAAAAUUGUACUGAGUUUGAUUUGUUAAUUCUCUCCUCUAUAGUGCCAACCCCUGCAUGUCUGCAACCCGCUGAGCUCCCGUGUUUCCGCAGUAGUGGCCAGAAAAGUACUUAAAUUCCAUUACUGGUGUUGUUUUCUAUUUGUUCUGGUUUUGAGAUAUCUCAGUGAUCUUGUCAUAAGACGUCUAUUUUUGAUGUAAUUUUCCUGGGGGAUUCGAACAGACAGCAACUGAAGCUCUUCAUUCACAUUAGUAACUGUCAGCUGAGAGGUUUGUUUGUUUGUUUGUUUGUUUUGUUAAGGCUCUCUAACUAUUUUACGGAACAGGGCAUAAUGAAUUUUAUUAAAUGGUUGGGGUGAUAAAUAGAUUUCUAUACAAAUAUAUGGCCCAUCAGAAAAUAAAUUUGAAUCUGCAAUACUCAUUAAAAUCUCCCUGAAGAGAUGUUGGCUUUUCUAAACCUCUCCCAUUGUGAGGAAGACCGUCCAGAACUUCAGUGAGGUCAGCUAGUCUGCUCACUAAAAAUCCAGCUUGAUUUCACAGGAGAUCAUGGCAGUUACAAAUCAGACACUUGAUUGACAUGUUUGCAGCAGCUUCAUCCUCCUCUAAAUAAGUAAAACAUGGAUGUUUCCUUAGCUCAUGUCCACAGUGCGUGUCUGGACCACAAGUGGAUGUUGUAGCCUAGAACCACAGAUUAUAAAUGUCAGUGACGUGGAAUGUGCCGUGGCCUGUGUUUUCUCUGAGUGUCCCUUUGUGGUAUUGUUGUCCUUCUGGAAAGACUUCCUAACCGUAGAGAAAGACAGAAGAGUUGUCAUGUGUAUAUAGCAUAUGACUUCAUAAAACAUUCAAUGUCAAAAAAAGCGGAGAGAAUCUUUACAAACCCUGCAAUUAGUUGUUUUAAAGUCACAUUUACCUUUGGUUCUAUCAUUCCAUUUUGCUAAUAUUUAUUAGUUUUAUAAAUUAUAGUAAGGUAUAAAAACUCA